CCAUUGCUCUGUCAGUGGCGGCUGCUGCCUGCUCCGGAGGCGGGCUGCGCUGUGGCGGCCGAAGCUGGCAGAGCUGGGCGCCAGCGCCGGGCUUUGCCCGCUUCUACUUGAAGCUGUGAAUUCCUUUGGACAACUGAUGAUAUUUAUCAUUGUGCCCAGUUUCUACAAAUAAAAAAAUGGGUGGAUUAUUUUCUCGAUGGAGGACAAAACCUUCAACUGUAGAGGUUCUGGAAAAUAUAGAUAAGGAAAUUCAAGCAUUGGAAGAAUUUAGGGAAAAAAAUCAGAGAUUACAAAAAUUAUGGGUUGGAAGAUUAAUUCUCUACUCUUCAAUUCUCUAUCUGUUUACAUGUUUAAUUGUAUACUUAUGGUACCUUCCCGAUGAAUUUACAGCAAGACUUGCCAUGACACUCCCAUUUUUUGCUUUCCCAUUAAUCAUCUGGAGCAUAAGAACGGUGCUUAUUUUCUUCUUUUCCAAGAGAACAGAAAGAAAUAAUGAAGCAUUGGAUGAUUUAAAAUCCCAGAAGAAAAAAAUACUUGAAGAAGUCAUGGAAAAAGAAACUUAUAAAACAGCUAAAUUAAUUCUUGAAAGGUUUGAUCCAGACUCAAAGAAAGCAAAGGAGUUGGAGCCGCCAUCUGCUGGAGCAACUAUAACUGCAAGACCUGGACAAGAGAUUCGUCAGCGACCUGCAGCUCAAAGAAACCUUUCUCCAGCACCAGCAGGCUCUAGCCAGGGCUCUCCCUGCAAAGUUCCAGUAUCUCCUGGACCACCAAAGGACACUUCGGCCCCUGGUGGACCCCCAGAAAGAACUGUUAUUCCAGCCCUAUCGUCAAAUGUGUUACCAAGACGUUUUGGAUCCCCUGCUACUUCAGUGCCUGGAAUGGGUCUUCAUCCUCCUGGUCCACCUUUAGCAAGACCUAUUCUGCCCCGAGAACGAGGAGCUCUGGAUAGAAUUGUUGAAUAUUUAGUUGGUGAUGGUCCACAGAACAGGUAUGCCCUUAUAUGUCAGCAGUGUUUUUCUCACAAUGGCAUGGCUUUGAAAGAAGAAUUUGAAUACAUUGCUUUUCGUUGUGCCUACUGUUUCUUCUUGAAUCCUGCGAGAAAAACCAGACCCCAGGCUCCAAGACUUCCAGAGUUUAGUUUUGAGAAGGGGCAGACUUUGGAAGGCUCAAGCACAGUUGGUUCCUUGCCCUCAGGAAGUGUGAUUUCAUCAGAGAACCAGAUCAGUGAAGAAUCUUUAGAAGAACAAGACGUUCUAGAUAACAGUACAGAGCAGACAGAUGACAAAAUAUCGGAUACAGAGCAGACAGACCCAGUGAUUGAACAAGCAUCUGACACAGAGAAACCAGAGGAGAAGCAAGAAGAGACCGAGAAUGAGGAAACCUCAAUGAAUAAAGCCAAAUCAACAGUUCCCAGAGCUGAUGCUAUUCCUAAUCCUGAACUAAGUGGAGAAUCUUCGACAAUGUAGUAAAUGCUUCCACGUGCCUUCAACUGGAUAUUUGUAGUCUUGUUGAUGUCAGUUAUUGCUUUCUUAGGUGGUGCUUUCUUUUUAUUUUCCCCCUCUAAAGACAUGCUUGAUGUCAUCUGAAUUUCAGAUUGCCUAGCUAUUUCAAUAUGUCAAAGUUAUGUCUACUGGCUAUUAAAAUUAAAAGCAAGUGAUAUCAGUAAAGUAAAAUCCUUUUUAAUGUAUAAAACCCACACUGUUUAGACAGGUUUUAGGUAUUUUUUUCCAUUCUAAAUGUAAACAAAUAUGAUAGCAGUUUUGUUUUUUAUUUGUGACCUGUAAAUACUAUCCAUUUUGACAUAGGAAGAACUUUGGUUAGGAAUAAGUUCUAAUAGCGUUUGUUUUAAGGAAUGAAACUCAAUUAAGAUUUUUAAUACUACAUCAUUAAAAUGGAUAGAAUUUUAACUCUUGAGAUAUUUUCCAGGGGGUAAAAUGUCUAUUUAAGCAUUUAUAUUAAGAGCUAUGAAAGUUAUUACAGUAACAAUAUAGGCAUUGGUAUGAAUUCCCAGUAAGAAUGCAGUCGAACAGUCAAGUGCAGUGUUACUUUUGAUGUCUCUUUUUUUGCACCUGGGCCAGAGGUACCUGAUAUUUAUAAUUAGCUUAUGUUUACAUAUUAACAUAUAGGAACUAUCUCUGCACUUAACUGUACUUGAAUUUUGAGCAUUAUUUAUAUUUGUAAAAUAAUGAUGAUAUUAUAAGUGAAUUUUGUGCUCUAUUGUGUAUUUUGUUAAGGAAAAUAAAGAUGAUGUGUCAGCAA